UAUAAGAGGACCUGCGCUCACCUGCUCCAGCUCAGACGUGGCCAGCUUGCCACACAGUAAACACGAGCGGAGGUUCGCGAUCAAAGACUAAAAUCAGCCGAAUUUUUAUAUGCAAAGAAAAAUUCAGAUAUAAUAUGUGGAAACUUUUGCUAAUUUGUAUCGUCAUGAGCGCAUUAUACACCGACGGAGAUGCUGCAUCAUCGGGUAAGUACACUCGCAAGGUGUCGCGCCGUCGGCGAGGCUACGCCGAUGGAUAUGCAGGUGGCUACGCCAGCAGCGGGGGCGGGGCGGGUGGCUACACGGGCACCUACGAUGACUACGAUGACUACGGCUACGCGCCCAACGUUGGCAUCACGGAUCCCUACCUGUUCCACCAGCAGCUGACCAACCAGAUUCUGGCCCAGAACUAUGCAACCCAACAAGCUAUAACGGGACUGGCCACGUCCGGCAAUGCGUACGCAUCUGCGGAUGCGACCAUAAGCGAUGAUGACACUCGCAUCCAGCAGCAGAUCGCCGCCCAGCAGGCCUACCACGACAACCUGGUGCGCCAGAAUAGCUACCGAGGCGGCUCCAACUCGCACCGCUAUGCGCCCAGCUAUGCCCUGGCCUCUGGCACCAUCGGCGCCAAUGGACACAGGCAAACGGCCUACAUCAGUCCGGCUAAUCCGGCAUCGCCCAAUAUCGUGAACCGGUUCGGCGGAUCCAGCAGCGGCGGUGGUGGCUACAAGGGCGUCUCUGUCUCCUCGUACAGCAGCAGCAACGGCGACGGCACCAGUCGCCGUGGUGCACAGACCACCGUCAACGACAACGGCAAGGUGACGUCGUACUCGGUGCACUCUUAGGGUGGACCCAAACGCGACUUAACGCAACUCCUGGUGUUUAGCAUAACAUAUAUAUGAUAUAAACCUAACGAAAGCUAAUCAUUCUCUAUUUAUAUGUUUUGAGACA